GUCAAUUUUUUUAUUGUUUUUGUAUUGUUUGUAUCGAGAUGAAGCAAAUAUUAUCAUGUUGAAUCAGUCAGUAUGUGGUCAGUAUUCCUCAGUUGAUACAAUUGUUGUGUCGUGUGAAUUGUGGUUGAUCCUAUUAGGAACAAUAUCUGUGUAGUUGGUGUGUAGUGCAUAAUACUGUAGUGUGUUUAUAGAGUUUUUUACAAGUUACAACUUAAUCAUGGAAUGGGCCGUGGUAGUUUGCGCGGCUACUGCGUACGUUUACAUGGGCGCGCAUGCGCAGCCGUUGACGUGUAAAACAGACGACCAAUGCGAGACCGGCUACUACUGCGACCGAGAUGUCGCGUACGUGUGUCGCCCCUGCCUCGACUGCGAGCUGCUGAAGCGGAGCCCGCCGCUGGUGCCUUCCCAGUGCAUCAAAUCUGUAGCGGAAUGUGGCUCUUGUAUCACAGGCCUGGUGGAGGAUAUCAGAGGCGACGUGACGUUGCAAUGCGUGGCGGCCGACGCGCACGGGCACGCCGCGGUGCCGGCCUACGUGUGGGGCAUCAUCGGCGUCGUGGCUCUGCUGCUGUUCGCGCUGGUGGUGUUCAUCGUCACCUACGUGCUUCGAAACACUUACACCUUUAAGAUAUUGGCUAUGACAGGGGCAUCGGUGCAGUCAACACGCGGCGCGGGCGCAGGCUUGCACGGCGGCGCGGCCAGCGCGCCCGAAAUGCCGCCGCCCUACGACGCGCACUACAUCGCCGUGCCGCCGCAUUCGCCCGAGCAGCGUCACGAUGAAACACACAAUCGCGGUGAUGAAGAAUGGCCGUUCAUCAAGCGGACGCCGUCGGGCCACAGCGCGGAGCAGGGCGGCGCGCGCGAGUCAGCGGACAGCCAGGAGGCGGUAGUGUACAACAGCCCCUACUACGUGCGCGGGUCUCAUUUGCCGCUCAGCUACGACGGCGCGGGGCUGGCGGCGCUAUCUGUGAACGACGAGGAGCGCGACAUGCUCGCUGUCGACGACGAGACCGUCGCGAGCACCUGGACGCCCGGCGGCAGCCACGGCGACAGCGCCGACUCGCCGAGCGGCGCGGCGAGCGAACUGUCGGCACAGCUGGCCGCGGCGCGCGCCACCACGCUCGUGUGUCAGGAUUCGAACAAUAACCGCAACGCGAGCGGAGCGGACAGCGGCGCGGCGGGCCCGUCCGGCGCGCCGCGCGUCUACAUCAACGUGGUGCAGACCAUUCACACCACGCAGCCGCCGCCGCGCCACCACGAGCCCAGCUGCUGACUCCUUAACAUGCUUACAAUAGUUGGGUACAUGCCUAUUUUAUUCUAGCAAAAACUCGCAUCUUCGAUCACCAUAAUUAUGGCUAGCGUCCAGCAGGCGGUUCGGGUUGGGCCGCAUUGCAACGAAAAAAUUAGCCUGCUUAUUUUUAUAUGAAAUUGCGCCGAUUAUAAGCGCGGUGGGCUGGUAUUGCAUACAUACAAAAUACUUGCCGCACCUUUCUGGCCCGACUACAGGAGUCUACUAGUGGAUACCUUCCUAUAAGUACAAAGUGCUGUUGGUUGUCAAAAAGUGAUCGUAAAGAACUAUGCUUACCCAUGAUAGCGCAUUUAUAUCGAUAUCACGCUAGUGAUGCCGCUUAUAGCUCACGAUAUCGCAGUGUAUUUCUCAAAAUUGUAAAAAAAUAUAUACGAGUUUGUAAGGUUAAAACUAGUUCGUAGGAAAAAAUAUUUUAGCUUAUUUUUUAUUUCAGCCAUAAAAAAAUAACUAUAACUUGUGCCAAUAAAAAGAACGGAUCAAAAAUGGCGGCGUUAAUCAUUCCCUCUCACUCGCACAUUAUACAUGGGAUUAUAUAAUGUGUGAGUGAGACGGAAUGAUUAACGCCGCCAUUUUGGAUUCAUUUCUUUAUUGGCACGAGUUACAUAAACUCUGGGACUGCAUAUCUUGUACUUUGGUGGUUAAAGUUAAAAUAUUAUUAAAUUUAAAUUAUCCGCCUCUUUUAUUUGGAAACAAAGUUCUAACGUUUUAUAAGUGAGAAUUGUGCUGUUGGACACAUGUUUUGGAAUCUGUGGUUACGAAACAAUACGUAGUAAAUAAAAACUACUAAUAAAUUUUAGAUUUUACUUCAAUCUUUUAGCAUCUCGAUCCCAGUGGGCUUUACCAGUUUCGUAUAUCACGUCUCACAAGCACUUUGCAAAUUUUAGUACUAUAAUUGACUUCUCAUAUUUGUAUUUAAUUCUCAAUUUAUUUUACAAAAUCUAACGCUAAGAAUAGUUCUGUACCCAAUUACUGUUUAUUUUAAACAGCAAAGCGAUGCUCAAAGACACAAACAUUGAUAAACUUCCAAGAUGCGCGCGCAUCUCAGUCGCUAUGUUCCUAUAUCAAAUACUCUGAUAUGUACGGGGUGCUAUAGAAAGUAAAAGUGGUGCCAUAUUUGCACUUAGUGUUUAAGUCUUAGUUGAGGUCUAUAGUAUCACUUUGUCUUUGUUUAGCCUUAAGACACUGUUAAAACGAGACAACGUUAAAUAAUUGCUGGCAUAAAUCUGUCUCGUUUUGACUCAAAGCCUAUAUGUAAGCAAAGUCAAAGUAUGUUCUAUAGCUCUCAGCCUGAAUCUCUGCGACUCGUACGCGCCCCUGGGAAGAUUUUCAAUUCGUGUCAAUUAAUUUCGUAGCUCAAAUGGAAAUGUGAUGCGCGGAAUUAAUAAUGGAACAAUGUUUUUUAGGAAAGAUGGAUUUUGCUCAAUUUAUAUCCAUUGAGAUUAUAGGCAUUUAAUAAUUACGGUAUCUAUAUCUUAUGAUCGUACCCACUAAGUGACCGACGAAUCCAAAUGUCAUUAGAUUUAUUUAAAUUGUAGUUUUACUGAUAAAUUUUAAUAAAGAAUUUUACCGUUUGUUUUUUCGUAACUGAAAGCAAUGUUACAAUUUUUUAUUACAUUAACAUUUGGAUUAGGUCACAGUCAAAUUUCAAUCGAAAAGCCUAACAUAUAUCCGUGAAUAGUGUGUCACAAACUCACAAUAGGUUAGUGAGUGUUCCUAUGCAUAUUUUUUAUAAUGGAUAAUAUAGAAUAGGUAUUAAAAAACUGUAGUGCCAAUGUGUUUAGUUUAAUUUAACUAGGCCGAUUUUAUAGUGGGGAAAAUACUUUUGUCCAGUUGCAUAACAGGCGGUUAAAGUUACGCUACCGUUAAUCUUUAACCACAAAUAAAAAGUAUCUAAAUGGUUUUCACAUGUCAGUAUUCAUAUCUCAAUGAUUAAGUAUACGCACGCAGUCGUAGAUCCUACGACUUCUAAGUAUAUAAGUUACAGACUAACGGUCGCCGUCGACUGGUCUAAUCAGGCUAAGGUUAAAGAUAAAAUGGUCUAAAGUUAAAAACCCUUGACUUGUGCAACCCAUUUUUCUUUUAUUGAUAGAGAUCAGAGUUUACUUGUAACGAACCCUAAUAACGGGCUGGCUUAUUUUGAAUUACUGAGCUCGUAGGCGUAAAAGGUGCGUAAAUCCCCGCCAAUAUCUAUUUAGUCUGUGUUGCUACGCGUGUGUUGCACAAAAGUGUCCGAAUUUCGCUUCACUUUUUAAAUAAAAUAAGCUGUAACCAUAACUUUAAACAACUGUCAUGCAACUAAAUUUUACUAAAGUAUUUUUUCGUACCGUUUGAUCUUAUUUUGUUAUUAAUGAUGUUGCGACCUAGAAGUCGAUAAUUGUUGUGUUACAACUAUAAGCUUGUAUCAAUGCGAUGUUACUUAAUAAUUAAUAAUAAUUAGAUGAUUUUUAUUUGAAGACCAAAUUAUAAUUUAUUUCUUCAAUAAAAAUAAAUAAUUCUUAGUAAAAUUAUCUGUCAAUUAGAAUAAAAUAUAUAUAAUUGAAAUCUGCAGUGAUUUUUAAACUAAUUAGUUGUGUUAAGUAAGUAUAUUUGAUCUUCAAUUAAAAUUCAUAUAGGUAUGAUUUAGGCUAUAAGUAGAUCCUUGAGUAUGAGAUUAAAUAACUAUAUAGAAUGUAAAAAAAUCUUUAGUAUGUUGAUAAAAUAUUCGGUAAAAUAAAAUUUUAUCGCGAUUACUUCAUACAGUAAUAAACCCAGUAAAAAAGCGAACUAAGGUAGCUUUUUAUAACUGCCACAUUUGCUGAUAUAUUAAAUCGUAUUUAUACUUAAAGUUUUCCAGUUGAAUUUCCAGUUUCUAAUUAAUCUUUGAUUCUCCAUAAUGUUCGCAACGGUGUGUGAAGUUUGCCAAUCUGCAAUUGGCCAGCGGACUGUAGCCUAAACACGAAACUAUUCUCAUUUUGAAAGUAGACAGAUACGUUCUCAGUAGUGGGCUGGCGAUGAGAUUAUUACAAUAUUGAAUAUUAAAAUUUCAAACUAGCUGUAACAAAGAAAAAUCGAUUCCUAACUACCAAUUCAUAUUUGGACAGAAAAUACUAAAGCAAAAUAAAAUGAAUCGCCAUUAUUUAGUAUGAAAUGUACUUUUAUUUAUUAUUAUAUUUAUGUAUAAGAAAUUUAGAAAAUAUAAGAUUUGCUGUUUGGCCAUUUUACUGCAUUUAGAGAAUCGUACUGUGAACUAUUUUGAUUGUUUGAUCAAAAAAGUUUAUCUGUGAACUUAAAUAAGUUUGAUUACGUAUAAAGCUUCAUUUUAACUUUCAAUGUUUUAUAUGGUUGUACUGAUUAUUUUAUCAACUCAAAAAAAUCUAUAAUAACGAUUAAUUAUAUUAUUAUUAUAGUAGGGUUCACCCCUAAUGCUGCAUAUUAUAUUUUUAAAGUAGGUGGUUAAUUCUUAGCUACUCUGUGUUCAUAACUCAAAUUAGGGGAGCUAUUUUUAUAAUGUGAUCUCCUUUAGUCCAUUUUAUGUAAUCUGUGGGAAGGUUUUAUAAGGGAAUAUUUAAAAGGAAAAGGUGACCGACUGACUGCACUAUCAACGCUCAACUCAAACGACUGGACGGAUUGGGCUGAUAGCUAUUAUGACGUAGACAUCCGCUAAGAUAGGGUUUUUAAAAAUUCAAGGUGGUAUAAUCCACGCAGACGAAGUCGCGGGCAUAAGAUAGUUGGAAUGUGAUUUGUGAAAUUGUGAUCCGCCUCAUAAGUCCUGUAGACCACAUAUUUUGUAAUGAAAGAAAGGUCUGCAUAAUAUUAUAUGUUUGAAUUUUUUUUUAAUAAUUCAACAGUCCAAAUAAUAAUAUCGUUUUUUUAUGAUUAUUGUUUUUCGUGUCGUAAAUCUAGGCAGAUCUGAAAUAUUUAGCUCCUAUAUGUAUUAUUAUGUUGUUGCAGUUUUUAUUUUGGUUGCUACUUUUUGCAAAUGUGUAUAUUUUAGUGAACGGAAAGUUAACGUAAAGGAAUUUUAUCAAUUGUGGUUGGGAGUCAAUUUAAUGCAGUUCUAAAAUAUUAUGUAUUAUUUGUACAUAGGUAUGCGAUUUGCUUUUGUAUUUUGAUUUGCGUUAUUAUAACAAUGAUCCUAUUCAUAUAAUAUAAUGCGUACAAAAUGACUUCUCACGCGCCAUUUUAACUUUAUGUGUUAAAUAUCAUGUCAAAAGUACUAUUUUAGAGUCGUUAUUUUAAAGGUGAACCAUACUUUUGACGUAACAGUUGACCUACAGACUUAAAAUGGCGCGUGAGAAACCAUUUUGUACGGACUAUACAAAAUGUUUUCAUAUUUAGUGAUUUCGAAAAUAAUUGUUUUUGACAUCUGUUGUAUGGACAAAUGUUAAAAAAAACAGUAGCGUUUGGGACGCAGCUUAUUUUAAUCUCUUCAUCACGAAAUGAUGAAGAGAUUAAAAUAGAGUUGUAUGAGAAAGUGUAUGAUUGAAGAGUCUUCCAUUUUAUAAAUAUUUAUGUACUUAGUUUCAGAUUAAAAUAAAAUUCUUUUACGAUUGCUUUAGUUAGAUGGUUUAAUGCGUUUCAUCAUUUGGUCUAGUUAUAAAAAUAAAAUGAGGUUAGAUUUUUUUUCAAGUCUAUGGGACCAAAAAGUUUGUAGCCGUUGCCUUAUGUGUCGAAAUAUAAAAUAAUUAUUUAAUAAAAUAUAUUGCAUUAUGAGGGAAACUACCCGAUCCGAUGUCACGCGACGCAUUUUCUGCUAGAAUACCCAUGUAGUAUAUUUGCCAAAAUCAAAUUUUGUUUACUGCCACACAAAACAUUUAAUACAAAGAAAUAAAUUAAUAAAUGGGAAGAUGAAAUGCGAAGAGGCAAUUUUAUCACAUGUGACUACCCUUUUGGCGAAAAUAGUAACUCAUAAAACAAAUAACUAUCCAAUAAUAUAUAUAAAUCAACACAUACAUAAGAAUAUAAAAAUUUGGUAUACCUACCUACAAUAGAAUAUAUAUUUUUUUGCAUAUUAGAAAGAUACAUACACAUAACACACAUAAUAUCAUACUGAGUACAUAACGUGAUGUAGUUAGUGGAUUUGAAUAAAUACGCGUCGUGUGGGAUCGGGGUUUGCGUCUUAGUUUCUGUCCUUAUGAUUUCAUGCAGCUAACUAAAUUUCAGUAAUGCCAUAAAAUGUGAUUAAGGCAUAAAUGUUUAAAUAUAAAUAAUCCCAUAACAAAGAAAUGGCAGUGCUAAUCUUAACCUCUCACUCACUUAUUUAUACCCAUCGUAUAGUGUGCAAGUGAGAGGGCUGAAUAAUUCAUUCCUUUAUCGGCUCAUGUAGACAAAUGUAAGGAAAAGAAGAACAUAUUACCUUAUAUAUUUUUACAUUUUUAAUCAUAAAAAAUAUGUAAGAUCAGAUUUCACCAAGUGCCUUAACACGAUGAACUGGCUGUGAUGCACUUGUUUAUAAAGUAAAUUUUUAUUGUUACUAUUGUUUUUUAAAAUUAAGUAUACUUACCUAUAAUUAUGUAAAAAUCUUCCUUUAGCGAAAUUGUUAGUAAGGUAUGAGCCAUGUAUGAGCACGACCAAUCCCUCUAGUCACAGCUCACUAAAGAUUUAUGUAUAUCAAAUACCUUGUGGAAGGAAUGUUUUUACAAAUAAAACUUUAUUUAAA